GCGCCGGGCGGUGUGUUACACACGCAGCGCGGGCACGGAGUGCGGAAGUAACGGGACGCCGCGUAUCGGCAUGUCAGACUUUCGGUAGCCGAAAUGUUUCAGCCUCGACACGGGCAGCGCUAACCGUGCGGCAGGAUGUGGCAGUGCUUGAGACGGCCAGGUGCAGGAGCGCGGGGGGAACGGGACGCUCUCCGCAUGGCCUGGGUUUGGAGGCACAAUAUGAAGCUCAGCAAAGUCACACACCCAGAUGCCAGGAAGCAGACUGUCUUCAUGUUGGACAGACCUCAUUGAAGUCCACAAGCAGAAGCUGGGCUUGUGGUUCAGCCACCUGCCCCAGGAAGAGAAGCAGUUUGGGGGUGUGUUCUCCCCUGAGACCAUGCAUGUGGAGCCCCUGAUGGUGGAGCAGAAGCCAGAGGAGGGUAAGGGCCUCCAGCAGGCCUCCAUGAAGACACUGGUGCCCCAUCACCCGUCCCUCACAGUGGAGCAGCUCUUUGACCCCCCCUCUGGUGGGCGCGGCCUGAACGUGCUGCUGUAUGGAGCAGUGGGGACAGGGAAGAGCACAGUGGUACGGAAGCUGGUUCUGGACUGGUGCGCUGGGUCCACACUGACCCAGUUCAAACUGCUGGUUCCGUUUUCCUGUGAGGAUCUUGCUCAGCUGGCCAGGCCCACGUCUCUCAGGGACCUGGUGGGGAGGAAGUACCUGCAUCUGCGGCGGACUCCCCUCCUCAGCGGGGAAGGAGACCAGGCCAAACACGUUCUCUUCAUCUUCAACGGCAUGGAGAAGAUGCUGCUGGACUUCCGCAUCGCCUCCACCGAGCUCUGCAGCGACCCUGCCGAACCCCUGCCCUCUGCAGCAGUCAUGGUCAACCUGCUGCGCAAGUACCUGCUGCCGGAGGCCAGCAUCUUGGUAACGACCAGACUGUCAGCGCUGGACCGUAUCCCGAAGAAGUACGUGAGCCGAUACGUGCAGAUAUAUGGCUUCAGCGACCCCGAUCGACAGCGGGCCUAUUUCACCAGCAGGCUGCUGCAGCAGAGCGGAGAGAAGCGGCUUCCGGAGGCCGAGUCCCUGAUCGAGCUGCUCUACCUCAACCUGCGGCGCAAGAGCCAGCUAGCCGCCGCCUGCUUCCUGCCCUCGUACUGCUGGCUCACUUGUGCCACGCUGCACCUGCUGCACUUCACCGACGCCCGGGCACCCAUCCGCACUCUGAGCGGCAUCUACACCAGCUUCUGCAGGCUGAAUUUUGGCGGAGAGGUGCUGGAGGCAGGCCCACAGCAGCAGGCAUCUUUGAUGUUGUAUGUAGUGCGCACUGUUGGGAAGCUGGCAUUCGAUGGCAUCACCAAUAAACGCACGUCCUUCUCUGAGGAGGAGCUGGAGCAGUGGGUGGGGGGUAAGACCAAGACCGACGAGGAGCUGCGGCAGCUGGCUGUGUUCCGCACCGACGUGUUGGACUUCUUCCUGGUGCCCUGUGUGGAGGCGGGCGAGGGGGAGGAGCGACGCUACGUGUUUGCGGUCCCUGCCAUGCAGGAGUACCUGGCCGCCCUGUACGUAGUGCUGGGAGAGAACAAGUCCGCCCUGGAGAAGCUGAGCAAGGAGGUGUCCUCGGCCAUCGGACAGGCUGGGGAGGAGGUGACUGCCCUGGUUAGCAUUCUCUCCAAAUUCAUCCCUCUCAGGAUCUUUGCUGUUUUCAACUUGCUUAAGCUGUUCCCCAGCCUCUUCGAGACCAUCUCCAGUCACAGCAAGGGUCGCAUCGCCAGAACAAUGGCAGCAGAGAUGUUCCGUUCUGAGGACAGCUUCAACGAGGACGUGCUGGACCAGAUGGAGCAGAGCCUGCUGGGGGUGCAGGGUCCACAGCCACAGCAGCGGCUGGAGGCCAAGCCCUUUGAGCUGUACCCCAUCUUCAUGGGGGGCCUGCUGCACUAUGGCAACCGCGUCCUGCUGGACCAGUUGGGCUGCAGUAUCAAGAGCUCAACGGUGUCGCAGAUCACCCGCACGCUACGCCGCCACCUUCUUAGGGAGAUCCGCAAGCCCCAGCCUCCCGAGGAGCUGAUGGAUCUCCUCGUGCUUCUGUAUGAGUUUCAGAACCCACGCCUCUCAGCAGAGGUGCUGGGCUCGCUCAGAGCGGUCAGCCUCUCCACAGUUCGCAUGACACCCCUCAAGUGCUUCAUCUUGAGCUCAGUGCUCAGCUGCACCCCCCACAGGCACCUAUUGGAGGAGCUGGACCUCUCGUCCUGCCACCUGACCCAGGAGCUGCUGGAGACGCUGUGUCCUGCCUUCCUCCAUACGCGCAGACUGAACCUGCAGUUUAACUGCCUGGGUCCCGAGUCCUGUGUAAUCUUCAGAGACCUUCUGCUUGAUCCAAGCUGUGCACUUAGAUCCUUACAGCUGUGUGAUAACCCGCUGCAGGAGGAGGGAGUGCGCUGCCUGCUCCAUGCUCUCCCCAGGAACCGCUCCCUGCGCCAGCUGUCUCUCAUGCACACGGGCCUGGGGGACGAGGGAGCUGCUGAGCUGGCAGAAAAGCUGGCCCAGCACGAGGGCCUGGAGGAGCUGAACGUGGCCUACAACAACAUCGGGGACAGCGCUGCCCUCAGCCUGGUGGACUCCUGCAGAGAGCACCCCACUAUUCACACACUGCAUCUGUACUUGAACCGUUUGAGUGAGGUGGGAAAGCAGUCCCUGUACGUGCACGGCACAGCGCGGGGACAGGAUGGGGCCAGCCGCCGUGUCAAGGUUCUGGCCUCGGUGACCGAGGGCUCAGAUGUCUCCGACAACUGGCACCCGAUCCUGAGCGUCAUUCGCAAGAACUCCACCUCCUGGGAGCGAGACCGAGUGCAGGAGCAGCUGCAGGUCUUCCUCCGGGACCUGGAGUCCGGCCGCAGGCAGCAGCACAGCUUCUGGAAGAGGCUGCACUUCCGCAGGGUUGAGAAAGGCGUGAGGGAAAUCCUGCACAUGCUGGAGAAGGGUGCCGCCUAGAGGCUGGGAGGAGAACAAGCUUAACACGUAUUAAAUGAUAUCAUAUGUUACUGGAGACAGUGAUGGCCUGACACAUGAGCUCACCCUCCCCUCAUUCUGAACACAUCUGUGAUUCUGUGUCCCCUCAUUCUAAACACAUCUGUGAUUCUGUGUCCCCUCAUUCUGAACACAUCUGUGAUUCUGUGUCCCCUCAUUCUGUUCACGUCUGUGAUUCUGUGUCCCCUCAUUCUGUUCACAUCUGUGAUUCUGUGUCCCCUCAUUCUGAACACGUCUGUGAUUCUGUGUCCCCUCAUUCUGAACACGUCUGUGGUUUGGUGCGGUGUCUCCUUCUCUCCGUGUCUGUGGUACAUGCGUCCUGCAGAAAUUACGUCUGUAAGAGCAGGACUCUGCAUGCUGUGCCUCAGCUGUGCUGAAGAGAAACAGAUCUGUAUUUGUGAGAUUUUUAGCUAUGUAUGUGGGUGCUAGUAUUUACAGGGGUCCUGAGGAAGAGGUGUGUAUUUGUUUUGUGUUAAAGCCAUAGUAAUCAGUUUUAAUCCAAUGGCAACUUAUGACUUCCAUUUAUUGCAAAAGGCAUAUUUGAAAUCAUCAGUCAUUUGUGGGAAAAAGAUUUACUGUCAAUCUUGAUUUUGAUCUCGAAUGGAAAACAAAGGAUUGAUACAAUGAACCUGACUAAAUUUUUUUACUUGAAUGCUGAACCCGCUUUGUGGUUUAAAGGUUCAGAGUAUUGAUAAUGAACAGAAAAAUGUGUUCUGAUAUGGAAUCAGUUCUCCAGGAUUUAUUAUCAUUUUAUUUUUGUUGAUUUGCUCUGCAAACGUCCGUAUGAUAUGUGUUUCGCUGGGUGGAGAAGGGCACAUGCUGGAGAAGGGUGCCGCCUAGAGGCUGGGAGGGGAACAAGCUUACCACUUAUUAUAUGAUACAGUAUGUGAUUGGAGACAGUGAUGGCCUGACACAUGAAGUCGCCAUCCCAUGAUUCUGUACAUGUUAAUUUGCUCGGCAGAUGUCCGUAUGAUCUGUGCUGUCCAUCAUAUGUAAGUGGAGAAGUGAGGAUAUUUCUGUUGAAAUAAACACCUGCAGCAGGUGAAGGUCUUUCCUGAAAGAAAUGUCAGCGCUUCACUCUGGACUCAAACCUGGAGCCCUCAGGCCUUUUUAGUAAAUGAGGAGAUUUUGUGCAACAAAGUAUAUACAUGAUAUUCCUGAUCUUAGACUCAACAUGUUUCAUAGUUCAGGGAGAGAGAUUAAAAAAUUGAAUUAGAAGUUUUUUAUAAGUGAAUGUAGUUAAUGGAACAAAAUAUUUGCCUUUAUGUCAAACGUUUGUCACCAAUGUGCCUGAGAAUUUGUUUGAACAAUGAAA